GCUCUCACUCACACGCCCGCACGCCCCCUCUCACGGCUCUCACUCACCCGCGAGACGCCCGCAAGGUCUUCAGCGCCCGCCAUGAAGUCGGGUUUGGUCUUCCCGAAGUUUUGGCUCUGCGCUCUGCUCCUGACGGCGUCGGGGCUCGCCGAACUUCAGGAGGCACAGCAGACAGCCUCCUGCGUCGAUAAGGGCGGAAUUUGCGUGAAAGACAGCUGCCCAAACACCCUUAAUGACGGCGAAUGCGAGGACGGAGAAGUGUGCUGCGACCGGGCCAAGAGCAGCGGCGCAGAAGGUGAAGCGGGAGAGCCGAGGGAGAAGCGAGGAGCCGGCUCCAACGCCGACGGCCCUUCAGGAAACCCUCCGAAAGGCAGCGGAGGAAGCGACACGGACAAAGGCCAAGGAGGAGGCGUAGGAGGAGGCGUAGAGUAGGAGGAGGCGGCGUACCUACAAUCCCCUUCUGCAAGACCUCCCUCUCCGUCUGCAAAACCCAAGGAGGGAUUUGCGUCGACCCCGGGGCGAGCAGCUGCGGCGGCUUCGAGGAAAUCCAUACACCAGAAAACGACGUGUUUGGGACUGCCUUGUACUUGCUGUGUGGAAGAACCGACUUGCUCCUCCAACUCCUACUGCUCGGCGGAGGGCGGCUACUGCAGCGACUACUGCGGCAGGUACGACCGCGUCCUCGAUGGCAUGUGCGGCUCGCCCUCGUGCAAGUGCUGCGCCCCGCCCUGCAAGACGCAGAGCUCGUGCUUCCAGAAGGCGCCUUCUGCGUCACCAACGGGCCUUCUGCACCGGGACUCUGACGCCGGAGUGCGGGGGGUCGGGCUGCAUGUGCUGCGUGAAUCAAGUCCCAGGUUGCACCACGAGGUUCGUCUGCGCCCAGAGCGGAGGCGUGUGCUCGACCACAGGCUGCAACGAGGACGAAGACAUCAUACCCGACGGGUGCCUCGGCGAAGGGUGUACCUGCUGUGCCCCGCGCCCCUGCGUUAAUGCCAGGACCUGCAGGAAGAGGGGCGGCCAGUGUGUGAGGCCCGAAACCUGCCCGAACACCGCCAGCGUUGAUGUCGGAGACUGCACCGACGGCUGCGUCUGCUGCGUCGAUUGCAGAAUCCGCAGACCUUGCUCUCGCUCCUUCGGUUAUUGCACGAAAGGGAGAUGCAAGGGCAACGAAGUGACGAUCAGAGGUGGUUGCAAGGGAAAGAAAUGCCGUUGCUGUGCCCCUACGGACCCGUGCACGAGGACAGGGCGGGCGUGCACGAACCAAGGGGGAAGAUGCACGGCCAGGAACCAGUGCACGCUUUUCGACAACACUCGAGGCUGCAGAUCAGGCGCUGCUGACUGUGUGUGCUGCUUGGAUGAAAUAGUCCCUCCUUAGUCAAGCACGGACUCGAAGCACUGAGAGAGCACAUACCUCCCGUUAAGGCCAUAGGGUCACUGAUGCAACAAAGAUAUUCGCACUUAAAGAAUCACACUGGAAUCAACUGAAGCACACUUGUGACGUCCGCGUUUCCUUAUACCAAUGAAGCCUUUCAAAGCAAAUCCUGGAUCCAGUCAUAGUCCCAGAGGCGGGUCUUCCAUAGUGGCACAGGAUGGCACCCC